UUGGAGACUAGUCAUUCUUGAGUCAUUAUGCCUGAGCCGGUAAAGUCCGCGCCCGCCCCGAAGAAGGGUUCCAAGAAGGCCGUCACCAAGGCCCAGAAGAAGGACGGCAAGAAGCGCAAGCGCAGCCGCAAGGAGAGCUACUCCGUGUACGUGUACAAGGUGCUGAAGCAGGUACACCCCGACACCGGCAUCUCCUCCAAGGCCAUGGGCAUCAUGAACUCGUUCGUCAACGACAUCUUCGAGCGCAUCGCGGGCGAGGCCUCUCGCCUGGCGCAUUACAACAAGCGCUCGACCAUCACGUCCCGGGAGAUCCAGACGGCCGUGCGCCUGCUGCUGCCCGGGGAGCUGGCCAAGCACGCCGUGUCCGAGGGCACCAAGGCCGUCACCAAGUACACCAGCUCCAAGUGAGCGCGCUGACUUCACUCUUGACCCAAAGGCUCUUUUCAGAGCCAUCCAAGUCCUCAGAACAGAGCUGGAUUACUUCUACAGACUAUAGUUGGCCACUAAACUCUAGUCAGGCUCAGGGGCUUACACUGGGCCUCGCGUCCAAGCCUUUCUUAGGCCCAACAAUACUGCGUUAAGUUAUAGUCGAUUACUUGCCUUGUAAGGAAUUUGAAACCUGGUUCCAUGUUUUCUUAUUAAGGACUUCCAUAGGGGUGGAGCCAAUAGCAAUGUUUUUUAACUUGGUCAUAAUUGUUGAAAAGUUUCUAUUUUUACAAGUACUCUACCCACCCUUAAGUAAGGCUUUGAACAGUACUAUAUGUUGCUCUUGAAUGACGGGUAAUUUACUAUUUCUUUGCUGUUAAUGCCAAAAUUUUUGCUUACCUCUGCUCAGACUAGUUCCCUUUGGGUGUUGGUUAUUUACUGAAAGUUGCAUGGCAUUCUUUAAUGUAUUCUUGUUUUUUUUUGGGAGGAAGAAGAGAAAUAAAGUACUAACAGAGGUCAGUAGCAAAGCUCAUGGUUUUAUCUUUGAGCUAAAAGUAAUAGUUGAGGGUAAUUUCUAAAUAUCUUCAGUAGUCUACACUCUUAAAUUGUCUUAGGAAUCCUGAGUCCCAGUAAGUGCUUGGACUAGCUAAACAUGGAUUAAUUUUCAUGAGCUUCUUCAUUUUAUUUCGUGUAGAAUUUGCGUUGGGAGUGCUGAGACUUCUAUUCCUUCAGAGAACACGACCAGCUUCUACAACACAAGAUGUGCCUGCUCCUGCCCCUGUCCUCUCAAAGGAGCAGGAGCUUAGUUUAGGCCUAGGAACUCAGGUUCUUCCUUGCCUGUCUCCUGAGUCCUGGUCGUGGAAGUGUACACCCACUCCAGUCACUAACACUGCUUUUAUUCUGACAUUCUAGAAUCCACUAAGUGCUGUGAGGCAGUAUUUUAAAUUCCCUUGUUAUCUGUUGAAGCUGAGACAUAAUAUGUUCAAUGAGUCAUGUCACUUUUCUAGUUAAAGCUAGAGUGUGGCCAUAUGUCUGAAAAAAGUCAGUUACCAGAUCCCAGAGCUCUGCAUCUUACAAAAUGUUGCUUGCUGAAGACAGAGAUGUAGUCAGACCAGUUUCCUUUCAUUGGGUUCCUUUAUCUGCUUUGUUUGCACUGAGAUUUUUGCUUUGAGAUCAGAUUUCACAGUUCUUACUGCCUGCCUCAAUGUCAUAAGUAACUGAAAUUGCAGUCCUUCAGGACCAGACUAAGCACUCAAGACAACAAAAACUAUUCCCGUUUUGUAACUUGUUAUUUUCAUAAAUUCCAUCUGUUUCACCUUCAA